AUGUCGGCCGCGAGGGCAGCGGUAAAUAAUAGAGGCUCUGGAAGUGUAGCGGGAACUGGUAAUGGUGUUCCUGCUGCGGGCAAUGGUGGUGUAGAUUUAGGAGGGGGCGAGGGGGGCGGGAGUGGUGCAGAGCUCGACGGGCAUUCGCACGACAGGAUCAAUAGCGAGUUAGCAGACGCGGAGAAACAUUCUAGGGACUCUUCACCCAUGCGUAGGAACACAUCAUCUGCCGGGCUCUCUGACAGCAAUACUUCCACUUCCACUCUCAAAAAGAACAGGAAGCCUAAUGCCGUGAGAUCAGCCACGCCGUCACGAGAAACCUCCCCUACACGCUCGGGCGCGCUUGCGGCUGGUUCGUCCAGAAACGCCCAACUGCAAUCUCAGCCAGAUCUCCAUCAACCACGACCCCACCGCCCUUUGGCGAACGCUCCUCAUUGGCCUCCAUCGACCCGGUUAGCUGUAACGAGGACUCCUCCCCCAGACUCUCGAUCACCUGCCCUCUCCCCGCAGAAGAAGGGCGACCGAACUAAUUACAGCACUUUAACCGGCGUUCCCCAGUCUGUUCAUCUCUUACGGGAAGGAAACUCGGAGGAUCUUGAGGAGUCUGGUUUGGCAUCGGGCAUGAGGACUCCAAGGAGCAACAACAGCCCGGCGCUGGAGACUGUUGUUGAAAGCAGCUUGCCGACGACACCAGCAAUCAACACCAGCAAAACCUUGACGGAACAAGUGGCAGCCCUGAUUAAUCGACAACAGCACAAUACAAUUCCCGAAGAGCCAGAAGGGGAAAAGUCGGGUGCUAGAGGGACAAGGAAGUAUAGAACUGGCUCGAUAGCGUCUUCAAUAGCGCCACGAUCGCAAGCGGAAUCCGAAUCCGAGUCAGGCUACAAGAGCGAGGAGAAAGCAGCUUAUGCCAACAGCAAUAACAAUAGUAGAGCUCCACCUCCAUUGAAAGGGUUUGCCAGAAGACCUGCAGUCAUGGGAGGGGAUAACUUUUCGAGGAAUAUGACGGUGGAAACGGAAACAGUAAGCUCAGUUCCACAGGUCGCUGUGGGAGCUGCUGGGGUGCCUGGGGGGGCAAGUAUCAGGAGCAAGAAGAGCAGCGAUACAAUACGAGCACCUAAGAAGGAGAAGAAGAAACCACCGAAACGUACUGGAGGCGGAGGGCCUGCUAACCCAUCGAGCAAAGCGGACUUGUUCGCAAGGAGAGUCGCCGAGGCAGUUGACGAGGCAAAUUCAUCAGAUUCCGAGGAAACCUUUGUCUACGAAUCGAAUCCCCCUGAAGCGCAGCAGAGACCUACCAGCAGAUUCCAUUCACGAACCCCGAGCGCAACAUCGAUACAAGGGGGACCAGAUCCUCAGGGAUUGCGAUUACCUCUGCUUAGUUCGAUGGAUGGAAACCAGAGCACUAGGAGAGGUAGGAUGAAAUUCGCCAGUGCUUCGGUGAGUGGUAAUACCAAUGUGGCAAGUGAUGGGACAACGGGGGAAGCAAGCGGUGACAGAGCGGGAACGGGAGGGUCAGGGCCACCAACAGCAAUUGGGGGAGCUGGUGGUUCAAGGUCGGAGGGGCAGUCAGGUUCUGGACAGAAGGAAAAGGGUGGGAGUUCUAGGGGUCAGAAUGGGAAUCGAGGUCUGCUUCUGGAGGAGUCUCCGUUUUCAUCUUCACACAAAUCAUCAACACAUCCUCCGCGUCCCGGUUCGACUUUACCCCCUCGACAGUCGACAUCAGGUCGUCAUGGUUCCGGUUUACGGAAUGGGGGAAAUGGAUAUGGCUCGAAGAAGUUACCACGGGGAUGGGCGUCAUACGAGGCUGAUGGGGAAGGUGCUGGUGAUGAGAGGGUUCCUCUGAUUAAUCGGCCGGGCCGGAAUCAUCGCCACGGCCGCAGACCUGGCAGCGGAACUCUCCGUCAAUUGGAGCACAGUCAACUUCAACGCCGUGGAUGGUUCAGGACUUAUAUAUGCUGUAUUAUUGCAGUGUUUGCCGUCCUUCUGAUUAUGACUGGUGUGGGAGGGUUCUUGUUCGCUACCACCAAAGCCUUGCAAGAAGUCAAAGUCUUGGAGAUUACAGGAGUUUUGGUGAGCAAACAGGAACUAAUGCUGGAUCUCGUUGUCUCGGCAGUCAACCCCAAUGCCAUCCCGGUGGUAGUGGGUAACAUGGACGUCAACCUCUUUGCCAAGAGCGCUCACGUGGGCGAUGGCAAAGGCAAAGAUGAAGAUGGGAGGGAUGGUGAUGGGGAUGGGGAUGGAAGCGCAGGGGAUAAUGACCCAGAAGGAGACCCUUGGUGGGGACUACUUAGCAAAAGGAGGAAGAAGCAAGCAAGACGCACCGACCCGCCAGAGGAUCUCCCAGAGCAGGAUCGCCAAACAAUGCUCCUAGGUCGAAUCUUCUCAUUCGAUUCAGCCCUCUCCUUCGACGGCUCUCCCCUACGCCAUAGACACUCAAUUUCUGUUGGCGAGUUGCGCCUGGCGAAACCAGGCAACAAGACCGAGGAAGGAGGAACAGAACGCUGGGAACGAGUCCUCCAACACCCCUUCGAGCUCAUCGUUCGCGGGGUAUUAAAAUACCAAUUGCCUCUAAGUGGCCGUGUUAGAACCGCGCCCAUCGGCGCAUCGGUAUUGGUUCACCCUGAUGGUGCUGCGUCAGCCGUUAGCCCGGAGACAGUCCCGUAACCAAACGGUUUUAUGGGCGAUUAAAACAAGAAGUUUAUAUUUGAACACAACGCAGAGUAUCUUUUAGUUGGAGCAUGGAGUAGAAAAUGGAGUCUUUUUUUGCGGUCCUUUUUAAACACUGUUUUCUUUCCUUUGUCACUUUUUCUCUAGAUUGGGGGUGCGUUUGUUUGUUCUUUGGGAUAUCAUUGCGAUUGGUUGGUUCGUUGUUGGAGGUGAUGCUUUUUUUUUUUUUUUUGCUUCUCUUCCCUCUCUCAUUAUUUCUCUUAGCUGCUUACGCUUACCUUACUUUAUGGAUUUUCAUUUGUUCGAUGUGUUUUCCCGGAUGACUUUACUGGAUGGGUGAAUGGAUUUAUCUUUUUUUUUUUUUAUAAAUCGAUUGAUUGGUUGGUUGGUGUUGAAUUGCGAGAAAAAACAAAGUGAGGGGGGGUGGAAUAGGAAAGGAGGGAGGAGGGGAGGAGCUGGUAUGGUAUUUCCCUGUUGCUGACAGAGAGAAGUGUAUCGUAGCUGUUAUUAAUGUGCGGGGAUGGGAUCUCGGAGGACAGGGAUUUGGAUGCUUGAUGGGUGGGUGGAAUGAAACAUAAUGUUAUGGUUAGGGUCCUGUUCGGCAUGCCACGAAUACGAUACCAUGGUAUUUUCACUUUCAUGGUAUAUUAUUCUUAUAGUUAAUUGGGGCGUGUUCGGCAUACUACAAAUAACGUACCAUAUCGUGGUAUUUUUUAAAAAAAGAAA